AUGGCACGACAAAGGCUGAAAGAACUUCAUCAACGGUUCUUGAAGAUGAAAUUGGAACAAAUUCGAGCUGAACAACAAAGAGAAGUUCAGCGAUUGGAGAAGCUGGAAAUGGAAAAAGGAGAACAUAAAGCGGAGGUUGUGGAUGAGAAAGAAGAGGUAGAAGGAAAGGAAGUGGAAAAGAGUGAGGAUGAUGAAGAGCUGGAGGAUUUGAGGGUAUGUUCUUGGGGUUUUAAGGAUGUUUUGAGGUUAAAAUGAUAAUGAUUUUUGCUUUCUAUUCGAUUGAGGUAAUACUAGUAGACCUGACAAAGGGAUUAUUAGGCUCGGUCUUGGACUAGGACGUGCCAAUAAAAUAUUUGAAAGGGAUCGGAUAAGGACAUGUAGGCCCGCGGGUUAUACCGCAACUGGGUUACUUUGUACUUUUUUUUAAAAUUUUUAGGGUAGGGUAAUUUGUAUUUACUAUUUUUUUUAUAUGGGGGUCUUUAAUUUUUUUAAUUGCAAAACGUUCUUUACAAAGCAAAAAAUGGCAAGAACUUUCUUAACAGAAUAAAAAAUGGCAAGAACUUUUUUCACAAAAUGAAAAAUGGCAAAAACUUUCUUUACAAAACAAAAAAUCGCAAAAACUUUCGUUAAAAAUUUAAAGAUGACAAUGACAUACUUUACAACACAAAAAAUGUCUAUCGCAAUUGUCUAACUAAUUUUUCUUCCAGGAAGAAGAUCUAGAAGCCCUAGAAGCCUAUGACAUUAAAAGACCGCUACCCUUCACAGUGGAAGAAGUACAGGCUUUAGACGACGAGCAACGAGAGUUAAAGUACGAGCAGUUGAAUGACAGACAAUUGCUGAGAUUCACAUUGAGAAUGUACGAGUCAGGUCGAUAUUCACCCACCUAUGGCAAAGAAAGCUUGGCUAUGCCUGGGAUUGGCAUUGUGAACGAAAAAGAGGAUGCUGAACAGCUGAGAGAGGUAAGUGAGGGCUGGAGGUAGCUAGGAGGUGGAUUCAGCUUAGAGAGAUAGGCGUGGGCAGGGUUUUAGCUAGGGAGGGGGUAGAUCUACCACUAUCAGAUCUUGUCACACACUCAAUAUUUGCUUUCAGAAGCGAAAGACCGAGCACGAUAAGCGUCUAGGAAAGCCAGCAACGCUAGCCAAUUCGGAAGCCGACGAGAAAAUGAUGGCCAUCGCCAAACAAGGCAUGAACAACAAGGAAGAAAGCUCGUUUGCCGUGGAAGAAGACAUUGGACAUCAAAAACUGCUUUGGUCAGACAAAUAUCGACCACAAAAACCGAAAUAUUUCAACCGAGUUCAUACCGGCUUUGAAUGGAACAAGUACAACCAAACUCACUACGAUGUAGACAAUCCUCCGCCAAAGAUUGUUCAGGGAUACAGGUUCAAUGUAAGUUUGGGAGGAGAUUGGGGGUAGGAAGGGGGUAGUGAUUGAAUUCGACUUGUAAAGAAACCUCGGCUUUUUUACAGCUAGCCGGGUCUAACUUUUUGGCACGUCUCACGGGGUGGGCUUUGGUUAUGCCCCGGCUCUCGGCCUUACGUGUUAGUCUGUUAGUCCGGCCUGGUUUUUUUUUGAAACUUGCUUGGCCCGAUUCUUCUUUUUGCACUUUUCACAAAUUAAAUCUUUUUUGGACCUAAACUGUGCCCCCUUCAUUUAGCACCAGCUCUAGGGUUCUACUUUGAAGGGUAUGUUAUUAAAAUGGCAGAACAGUUGAUUGGAAAUUGAUUUUUUAGGGUGUAAAACGCUUUUUCUGGCUAAAAAAAAAUUGAUUUUUGUGGUUUUAUAAAGCGAAUUUUCGUUAAUAUUUACUACUUUUUAAAAGUAAAGUUCAUUUUAUUCAGAUCUUCUACCCAGACCUCCUGGAUCCAACUCAAACCCCAUCCUUUACCCUAACCGAAUGUGAAGAUGAGGAUUUUGCUGUGAUUCGCUUCAAAGCAGGCCCACCAUACGAAGAUAUUGCCUUUAAAGUGGUGAAUCGCGAAUGGGAAGUCAAUCACAAACAUGGCUACAAGUGCCAGUUUCAGAAUGGUGUCUUCCAGUUAUGGUUCUAUUUCAAGCGCUACAGAUACAGACGAUAG